AUGGUGAACUUUAUUGAUUACAUUCUUAUUUAUUCUCGUACUCCACAAGAGCACGGAGAACAUCUAAGGAUUGCUCUGUCAGUGCUGCAAGAGAAGCAUGUUUUUUCCAAGUUAAGUAAGUGUGAAUUUUGGAUGAACGGAGUGAGGUUUCUUGGUCAUGUCAUAUCACAAGGAGGAGUAUCAGUGGAUCCGUCUAAAGUUGAGGCGGUUAUUAAUUGGGAAAGAUCGAAGAAUACCUCCGAAGUCAUAAGUUUCUUAGGUUUGGCAAGUUACUAUCGAAGAUUUAUUAAAGGAUUUUCUCAAUUAGCUUUACCAAUGACUAGACUUACCCAGAAGGAGAUUUCUUUUAAUUGGGAUUCAGAAUGUGAACAGAGUUUCAUGAGUUUGAAUGGAAGAUUGACAAUUGCUUUUGUUUUAAUCAUCCUUGAUCCUAGUAAGUCUUAUAAAGUAUUUUGUGAUGCCUUUAAGAAAGGUAUAAAAGGAGUAUUAAUGCAGGGUGGUCAAGUUGUAGCAUAUGCCUCUCGUACGUUGAAGACUCGUGAAGAGAAUUAUCCAACUCAUGAUCUUGAAUUAGUUGUUGUUGUUGUUACAUUGAAGGUGUGGUGGCAUUACUUGUAUGGAGUAUGUUUUGAGAUGUUUAAUGACCAUAAGAGUUUGAAAUACUUGUUUGACUAG